AUGGAAAGUGGAGACAGAAGUUCUGAGAUCUUUUUGGUCGAAUCGGUGGCCAAUCGGAUGGGCUCUCGAGGACUGUUCAGACCUCCCAAUCGUCUACUUAACUCGAGUGAGAGUUGGGAUUCAGAAACCCCUUUGAUAAGUAUUUGUCUAAUUCUCAUCUCAACGAUCAAUAUCUCAAAGACUAUAUGGAAAUACUUUGAGAACGAAAUCGACUUAUUAUUAAUUAGCGAAAUAGUUAUGCAUUUAAUUAAAAUUGUAACUUAUUUUUUGGUCACAAUUCUUGUGAUACAAUUCCGUCGGUUGGGUUACCGGCACUCGUGUUCACUACCCAUCCAAUGGUUGGCCAGUCUGUGCGUCGCUAUCAUUAAUUUGUACCAAAUAAUAGUCAUUUACGACAAGAAUAUUCCGGUUCUCGAAACAACAUUAAACACAUUAGAAGUGAUUCUCACAUUUGUAGCGCUGAUUAUAUCGUGUUUAGCGCCAAAGUUGUCGCAGUUUUCAUACUUAGACUCCGAUAGUCAGCAAAAGUGUCCGAUGAAUGACUUUAACGUGUUUUCAAAGAUAUUUGUUAUUUGGUUGAAAGACAUACUAAAGAUUGGCUACAAAUCCAACGCUGAUUUAAUGCAAUAUUUGCUACCGAUUUGUCACAACUUGAAGGCUAGCAAUGCUUUUGAAACAUUUGAAAAGGCAAACAACAAAUAUAAUACAAACCCUAAUUCAGACAAAGAGAUACAAUUAUUACCAUUGAUUUGGUUGACCGGUCGGAGUCACUUUAUAUUGGGCGCUUUAUUGGAGCUAGGUCAUUUGGCCGCUAUGUUUAUUCAGCCCUAUAUUCUGGCCAAACUGAUAGACUUUGUGUCCGAAAGGGACCACUUAUGGCACGGAUUGGUGUACGCGAGCGGCUAUUGUCUCUUCAAUAUAAUCGCCUGUCUCUUCGACUGUCACUGUUAUCUCUUCGUAUUACUGGCCUAUUAUAGGGUACAGUCGGCCCUCACGACCGCCAUAUUUGGCAAAAUGCUUCGCCUGAGCGCCGGCUCUCGACGCAAAUAUACGACCGGCGAGAUAAACAACUUAAUGGGUGUAGACAUCGGCGAGAUCUGCGACUUCUUCCGGUCGAUGGUUAACUUGAUGUCAAUACCCAUAAGCCUUGUUGUGGGCCAAUACAUACUGUGGCAACAGUUGGGCCCGUCAUCGUUGACCAUAUUCGCGGUGAUGGCGGUUGUGUUGCCGAUGACCACUCUGGCCAUGCGUCGAGUGGACACACUUCAGACACAGCAAAUGUCGCUCAAAGACAAACGCAUGAAACAGAUCAGCGAAGUGUUGAAUAAUAUAAAACUGUUGAAACUGUUUGGAUGGGAGGAGCCGUUCAUCGAUCGGGUCUCAGAGACCCGACGCCAAGAGUUGGAUAAAUUGAAAAUUACAAACUACUUGUGGUCAGUGAUUGACGUGCUAUGGAUUGUCGUGCCGUAUAUCACAUCUUUCGCUACGUUCACCGUAUACUCACUCACAUCCGGACAGCCCUUUACCGCCAAAACGGCUUUUGUAUCGCUAUUUGUAUUCAAUCUGUUGAGGGCUCCGAUGGGAAGACUUCCCAACGCAUUGACUUCACUAAACCGGGCGCUCGUGUCGUUCAGACGGAUCCGCUCUUUCCUGAGUUGCGAAGAAUUGGAUCAAAGUUUAGGAACCGAUAAACCGUGUGAUGAGAGAAGUGCUGUCACUUUGAAAAAGUGCUCAUUUUCUUGGGAGUUAGAAGAAGAGCACAUUCUUAAGGAUAUAUCACUGAAUGUAAGGAAAGGUUCGUUCGUUGCGAUCGUCGGAAGAGUCGGUUCGGGAAAGUCGUCGUUAUUUUCAGCACUUAUGGGAGAUAUGUAUCGAAGAGCGGGUGAGAGGAGUGUAUUGAACGGUUCCGUGUCUUAUGUGCCGCAAACCGCUUGGAUUCAAAACGUGACGUUAAGGCAAAAUAUUGUGUUUGUAUCGGACUAUGAGAGCGAUAAAUAUGAGAGAGUAGUGAAAGCCUGUGCUCUCGAAACAGAUUUCAAUUUACUUCCGGCAAAAGAUAUGACAGAAAUCGGCGAAAAGGGAAUCAAUUUGAGCGGCGGUCAGAAACAUAGGGUUAGUUUAGCCCGAGCUGUGUAUCAGGACUCAGACAUCUAUCUAUUGGACGACCCGUUGGCUGCAGUGGACGCACACGUCGGACAACAUCUCUUUCAACAAGUGAUUGGACCGAAAGGACUGCUGAGGAAGAAGACCCGCAUUUUGGCCACACAUCACAUCUCAUUUCUCAAAGACGCGGAUCAGAUACUAGUGAUGAAAGACGGAAAGAUUGUCGAUUCGGGCGGUUAUGAAGAGUUGUCUGAGAGGGGAAUGCUUUCGGAGGAGGUGUUGAAUGAAUCGGACGACAUGUCUAUUGGAAGUGGAGAUAAGAUGUCUCGACAGACGUCUCACAUGAGUGGCAACGAAUCAAUCGGUCAGUUGUCGAGACAAAUAUCAUUGAGAGAAGACAUGAACGAAGAGAAGAAAAUGACACAAACAGAGAAGACUAUGAAAGAGGGGGAGAAACUGAUUGAUGAAGAGAGUCAAGAGUACGGAUCAAUUAAUUUCAACGUUUACUUGGAUUACUUGAAAUAUAUACCACUUUUCUUUACACUAACGCCACUCUUGUGUGCGUUUCUCAACAAUAUCUGCGAAAUCGGUGCCAAUUAUUGGCUAAACAUAUGGACAUCGCGUAACUCUACGCGAGGCGAAGAGACGUCGGACCGGAACCUCUUUCUGGCCAUAUAUGGGUCGGCCAUUGGUUUGGACGCCGUGUUUGUGUUGGCCCUACAGUUGGCGAUGAGAACCGGCGCCACAAUAGCCUCGCGAUCGUUGCACAGAGAUAUGUUGUGUCGCAUACUUCGCACACCGAUGUCCUUCUUCGACACCACGCCUUUGGGUCGGAUUAUCAACCGAUUCAACCGAGACAUGAGCACAGUUGACGAGAAUAUACCAUGGUGCAUAAUCGAGUCGUUCCACAAUCUCAUCUAUUCAAUAUUAGUCGUGUCCGUCAUUAUCUACACCAAUCCCUAUAUGGCUGUUCUCACGCUAAUUGUCUUCGUUUUGUUUGUCAUACUUUACAGGAUCUAUUUGUGGACAUCGAGACAACUGAAUCGUCUAAAAUCCAUCACUCGAUCGCCCAUUUAUAGCCAUUAUAACGAGUGCAUCGGCGGCGCCGACUCUAUACGUGUCUAUAAAGUGCAGCAAUUGUUUACCGAAAAGUUGCAAAAUUUUGUCGACAUUCAUAUCAAUGUCCAAAAACACAACUACACGGCCGUCAUGAUUGAUAUCUGGACCGUAAUCGUGGGUCUAUUGAUCACAUUCUCGACUGCACUGAUAGUGGUGUUCGAGAGGAAUAGCAUGACACCAGGUGUGGCCGGUUUUAUACUCGUCUAUUCGGUUGAUGUCAUUAACAGUAUUUCAUGGGCUCUGAGAAUGGCAUCAGAUCUCGAGACUAAUAUGGUAUCCGUGGAAAGGGUUAGGGAGUACUCGGAGUUGGAGACAGAGAAGAGUUGGCAUUCAGCCGAUGAAUACAAACCAUCCGCCGAUUGGCCGACCAAUGGUUCCGUUGAUUUUAUCAAUUAUAGCGCUUCUUAUAGACCAGGACUCGAACCUGUGGUCAAAGGUUUGAAUUUAAGGAUAGAGUCGGGAGAGAAGGUGGGAAUAGUUGGCCGAACCGGUGCCGGAAAGUCGUCCAUGACUUUGGCGUUGUUUCGUAUAAUUGAGCCAACAUUUGGUCAGAUAAUCAUUGAUGGCGUGGAUGUGACUCGUAUUGGUUUACACGACUUGCGAUCGAAGUUAACAAUUAUACCACAAGAACCCAAUCUCUUCGCCGGAACCCUAAGACUCAAUUUAGAUCCGUUUGAAGAAUAUUCUGACCAACAGUUGUGGACAGCACUGGAAAGGGCGCACUUAAAGGACUUCAUAUGCGGCACAUCUGAAGGGCUGUCGCAUGAGAUCAGUGAAGGCGGUGACAAUUUGAGUGCAGGUCAGAGACAAUUGGUUUGUUUGGCGAGAGCUCUGUUGAGGGACACGAAGAUCCUGGUGCUCGACGAGGCGACCGCUGCCUGCGAUUUGCAAACCGAUUCAUUAAUUCAGACAACAAUUGCUGAACAGUUCAGUGACUGCACUGUUCUGACAAUCGCUCACCGAUUGAAUACAGUCUUGGAUUACAAUAAGAUUAUUGUUUUAGACAACGGAAUGAUUGUCGAAAUGGAUUCGCCGAAAAGAUUACUCAAAAAAACUGAUUCUCUUUUCUAUAGUUUAGCGAAAGAAUUCGGAAUCCUUUUGUGGAAACUUUUUAAUAAUGAAAUCCAUUUAUUAGUAUUGAGCGAAAUAUUCUCGCAUUCAAUCAAAUUUAUAAAUUAUUUGGUGAUAACAGCGCUUAUAUUUAUAUUCCGUCGGUUUGGUUACCGGCACUCGUGUUCACUACCCGUCCAAUGGUUGGCCAAUCUGUUGUCUGUUUCCAUCAAUUUGUAUCAAUAUCUGCAAAGAAAUACUAGAAAUGACAGCCUUUUGGACACUGUAUUGAUUAGCUUUGAAUUAUAUCUCACAAUACAAGCGCUAAUCAUAUCGUGUUUAUCGACCAAACUCUCCGACUUUGAGUCGUUAGACGCCGACAGUCGACCCAAAUGUCCAAUGAAUGACUACAACAUCUUCUCCAAGAUAUUCAUCGUAUGGAUCAAAACAAUCCUGAAAUACGGCUACAAAAUCAACACCGAUUUAACGCAAUAUUUGCUCCCGAUUUGCGAUUAUCUCAAGUCGAAGAAUGCUUACCACGUGUUUGAAAAGGCGGACAAGAAGUACAACACAAACAAAUCGGCAAAAGAGAUACGAUUAUUACCAUUGCUUUGGACGACAGCGUGGGUUCCGUAUGCGGUGUCCGCUGUCACCGAAUUGGGCACUAUUUGCGCUAAUUUUGUUCAGCCCUACAUAUUGUCCAAACUGUUGGACUUCAUGUCCGCACCGGAGGACCAUCUGUGGCACGGAGUCUACUAUGCGAUCAUUUACUGUCUCUUUAAUCUAAUCGCCCGUCUCUUUGACGCGCAUUCGUAUCUCUUCUUAAGUCUGGGCUAUUAUAGGGUUCAGUCGGCGCUCACAACAGCUCUUUAUAAGAAAAUGUUUAAACUCAGCGCCAGUUCCCGACGCGAGUACACCACAGGCGAUAUAAACAACAUAAUGGGUGUGGAUGUGGGAGAAGUGACCAGUUUUUUGCACACAAUGACAUCGUUGUAUUCAAUACCGACGAGUCUCGCGAUCGGAAUCUACAUUCUGUGGCAACAAUUGGGUCCGUCGUCGCUGACAAUGAUCGCAGUGAUGGCAGUGGUCGGCCCCUUCACCACGUUUAUCAUGAAACGCAUCGAUGUCUUCCAAACACAGCAAAUGGAGUUAAAGGAUAAGCGUAUGGAACAGAUCAGCGAAGUCUUGAAUAACGUGAAACUCCUGAAACUGUUUGGUUGGGAGAAGCCGUUCAUCGAUUGCAUCAGCGAAACCCGGAAACAAGAGUUGCAUCGCUUGAGUCUCACAAACAACUACUGGUCUGUAAUGGAAAUCGUGUGGACGACUGUACCCAUGAUUAUCGCCGGUUUGACAUUCGCCACAUUCACUCUCACAUCUGGUCUACCAUUUACUGCCAAAACAGCUUUUGUGUCUUUGUCUGUGUUUAGUCUAUUGAGAGCACCGAUGGCCAGACUUCCAAAUUGUUUAACUCAUAUGACGAGAGCUCUCGUGUCGUUCAGAAGAAUCAGAAAAUAUCUGAGUUGUGAAGAAUUGGAUUCAAGUCUAGGAAGCGAUGAGACAAUGAGUGGAAGACGUGAUAAAUUACGUGACGAUAGAUAUGCGGCUUCUUUGAUGAACUGCUCGUUUGGUUGGAAUUUAGAAGAAGAGCCCAUUCUUAAGGAGAUUUCAAUUAACAUCAAAAAGGGGUCGUUUGUAGCGAUCGUCGGAAGAGUCGGUUCGGGAAAGUCGUCGUUAUUUUCUGCACUUAUGGGAGAUAUGUAUCGAAGAGCGGGUGAGAGGAAUGUAUUGAACGGUUCCGUGUCUUAUGUGCCACAAAGCGCUUGGAUUCAGAACUUGACGUUAAGACAAAACAUAGUGUUUGUGUCGGACUAUGAGAGCGAUAAAUACGAGAGAGUAGUGAAAGCCUGUGCUCUCGAAACGGAUUUCAAUUUACUUCCGGCAAAAGAUAUGACAGAAAUCGGCGAAAAGGGAAUCAAUUUGAGUGGCGAUGACUAUGAGAGCGAUAAAUACGAGAGAGUAGUGAAAGCCUGUGCUCUCGAAACGGAUUUCAAUUUACUUCCGGCAAAAGAUAUGACAGAAAUCGGCGAAAAGGGAAUCAAUUUGAGUGGCGGUCAGAAACAUAGGGUUAGUUUAGCCCGAGCUGUGUAUCAGGACUCAGACAUCUAUCUAUUGGACGACCCGUUGGCUGCAGUGGACGCACACGUCGGACAACAUCUCUUCCAAGAAGUGAUUGGACCGAAAGGACUGCUGAAGAAGAAGACCCGCAUUUUGGCCACACAUCACAUCUCAUUCCUCAAAGACGCGGAUCAGAUACUAGUGAUGAAAGACGGAAAAAUUGUCGAUUCGGGCGGUUAUGAAGAGUUGUCCGAAAGGGGAAUGCUUUCGGAAGAGGUGUUGAAUGAAUCCGAUAAUAAGUCCAUCGGAAGUGAAGAUAAGAUGUCUCGACAAACAUCUCACAUGAGUGGCAACGAAUCAAUCGGUCAGUUGUCGAGACAAAUAUCGCGACAAAUGUCGAGACAAACCUCAAGACUUCUAUCACCGCAACUCUCCAUUAGAAGUGAUUCAACGGAACCAAAGGCUGAAACACUAAAGGAAAGGCUGGAAAGAGAGGCCGAAAGCGAUCAACUUAUUGAUGAAGAGAGCCAACAAUUUGGAUCAAUUAAAUACACUGUUUAUUUAGAUUACUUGAAACGCAUUCCUCUGCUCUUUGUAGUCAUACCACUCUUGUGUGCCUUUAUGUUCAAUAUGUGUGAAGUCGGCGCCAAUUAUUGGCUCAAUAUAUGGACCACAAAGAACUCAAACACCACCGCAGAGGAGGAGAAGACAAACCGAAACGAAUUCCUCAUUAUAUAUCUGUCGGCCAUUCUAUUGGACGCCAUUUUUGUGCUCGUAAUGCAAGUAAUCAUGAGAUACGGGGCGCUGAAGGCGUCGGAAGUGAUGCACAAAGACAUGUUGUAUUGCAUUCUGCGGACACCGCUCUCAUUCUUCGACACCACGCCUUUGGGUCGGAUUAUCAAUCGAUUCAAUCGUGACUUUGCGAAGAUUGACGAAGAGAUACCAUUCUGUAUGACUGAAUCGGUGAUGACAUUCAUCUGGUUUGUGCUCAUUCUGGGUGUUAUUGUCUACACCAACGCAUAUAUGGCUAUACUUAUACUCAUUGUCUCCGUUUUGUUUGUCUUUCUAUACCGCAUCUAUUUGUGGACAUCUCGACAAUUGACUCGUUUGGAAGCGAUCACCAAAUCUCCCAUUUAUAGCCACUUCAACGAAAGCAUUUCGGGCGCCGUUUCUAUUCGCGUAUAUAAUGUUCAGCAAAUGUUUACUGAAAAGUUGCAAAACUUUAUUGACAUCAAUACCAACAUUGAAAGACAUCAGAUUGACAUCUGGACCUCAAUCUUCGGCCAAUUGAUCACAUUAUCGACGGCACUGUUUGUUGUGCUCCAGAGGGGUGUCAUUAGCCCGGGUUUGGCCGGCUUUGUGCUCAUCUAUUCGGUUGAUGUCAUUAACAGUAUUUCAUGGGCUCUAAAAAAUACUGCAGAUCUCGAGACGGAAAUGGUUUGCGUGGAAAGGGUUAGGGAGUACUCGGAGUUGGACUCAGAGAAGAGUUGGCAGUCGAGCGAUGCGUACAAACCAUCCGCCGAUUGGCCGACCAGUUCUUCAAUUGAUUUUAUCAAUUAUAGCGCUUCUUAUAGACCAGGACUCGAACCUGUGCUCAAAGAACUGAACUUUAGGAUAGAGUCGGGAGAGAAGGUGGGAAUAGUUGGCCGAACCGGUGCCGGAAAGUCGUCCAUUACGUUGGCUUUGUUUCGCAUAAUUGAGCCAACAUUUGGUCAGAUAAUGAUCGAUGGCGUGGAUGUGACUCGUAUUGGUUUACAUGACUUGCGAUCGAAGUUAACAAUUAUACCACAAGAACCCAAUCUCUUCGCCGGAACCCUAAGACUCAAUUUGGAUCCGUUUGAAGAAUAUUCUGACCAACAGUUGUGGACAGCACUGGAAAGGGCGCACUUGAAGGACUACAUCUCGAGUACAUCGGAUGGUCUGUCGCAUGAGAUCAGUGAAGGCGGUGACAAUUUGAGUGCAGGUCAGAGACAAUUGGUUUGUUUGGCGAGAGCUCUGUUGAGGGACACGAAGAUCCUG